AAUGGCCGAGCGACGUAUCCCUCCGCACCACGCGCCCAAAGAGUCCUGCGGGCCGCCGACGCCACCGCGGCCGUUCCGCUCCGCCCGAGCCCCGCCCGGCCGCCCCGCCUCUUCCCUCCGCCGCCGCAGCCAAUCGCUGCCCGCUGCCCGCUUCGCAGCCAAUAGGAAAUCGCCGGCCGGCCGGGGCGGGUCAGCGAAUCAGGAGGCCGGGCGCGGGGCGGUUGCUAGGCAGGCGGGCGGGCGGGACCAGGCAGUCGCUAGGGGGCGUUCGAGGCGGGGGGCGCGGGGCACCCUCAGGCCGCGCAGGCACGGCGGGGACACCGAGGCGAUGCCGCCCGCAGCCCACGCGGAUCCUUCCCGCAUCUCUCCUCUGUCCCGCCCGCUCCCCGCCUCCGGGCCCCGGGCCCCGGGGAGUGUCGCCGGGUGAAACUAAUCCCGGCCCAGCGGGCGCUCAUCGCGAGGUGGACGCUAGCCCCGGAUACGUGGGUGCAGCAACGAGCGGUUUCCGUGUGUAAACAAAACCGGAGUAGAAUUUGAUACUUUGCAAACGCUUGGCAGCGAACGCAGACUGAGGCUGGACCAGCACCAGGCCCGGCCCACGCCAGGGCGCUUGGCAGCACAGUCCGGUCAUCCAGAAACGUGGAAAAGCGCGGCCGUAGCCAGCGGGUGUUGCCAAUAAUCUGCCACCGUUUGUGUCAAGGACUGGGACCUGACAGUACAGCUUUAGCAGCAAAUGCCUUUUGUGUGUAUAAGGCCGGGUUCUUAACAGAUCCUGUCUAGGGACACUGACCUCUCCUUGGCUGGGACUGGCUGUGGUUUUCAGACUCUGCUGUGCUAAAUGCAUUUUAAAUCUCUAAGUGCCAAUGAGCAACCUUGAAAGCAAGCACAACCCACCUGAAAAAGCCAUCCUCAGAGACCACGCUUGGUCCUUCAUGCCUAAAUAAAGCUUUGAUUUCACUCUGUUUCUCCUGAUACGGGUUUCCUUUGCUGUCAUGCUACAGACAGGCAGCAGCCCUGAAAGGCCUGACAAAACACCAUCCCAAACACAGGAUUUCCCUGGUCUGCUGCCUCUCUGACCUGCUCAGAUUUUGAAUUGCCAGAUAUAUACACACCAAACUCCCAAAGUGGAUUAGAGCAGCAACAGGCACAACACACAGCCUCCUAUAAAAAUCAGACAACUAUCAGGUAACAGUUUUGAGACAAAUUGCAUUUCUGGCCUUUCUGGUGUUUUGGCAUCUGCACUUGCCAUCCUUUAGUCAAGAAACACCAA